GGGUCUCACUCUGACAUCAACCCUUUGAAAUCAAGUCAAAAUCAAAUCAAUCCAAAACUUACAAGUUCAAAUUAACUAUUAAAACUAAUUCUGCCAGUAUGGCCGAUCAGACUUCAUCAACUGUUGACGAGACCCCAAUUUCUCCCGUUCGGGAGGCACGCGUCCGACAGAACUCCCUCGAGAAGCACCUCCAACAUAGGCCUGAGCAACAAGAGCUCAAGGACCGACACAUUCUUCUCGAUACAAACGCUGCUCCGUCGCUUCAGUCAGCUGCGAUUGACCUCGAGCACAAGCUGGCAGCAAAAAACUUGAAGAAAGACCUCGAAAAGAGAAGUCAACGCGAGACUUUGGUUGAGCGAAACAUUCUCCCUGAAUCGAACGCUGCCCCCGCUCUCGUUGCUCAUCAGAGGGACCUUGCAAAGCACAUGCGUAAAGACAGUUUGCACGACAAGCUAUCGCAUCGACCAACCGCUGAAGAGCUUAUCAAAGGAGGUGUGCUCCAUGAAGACCCUACCUCUGUGGAUGAACUGUAUACGGAGAGGAUUGAGGAAGAAUAUGCCAAACGCGAGGGCGGCGCUUGAUUACAGAGCAUGGCUGAGACGAAGGUACCAGAUGAAGCCAAGGAUCUGAUGAAACAGAAUGAUAGCUUAGUCUCCCAAAUUAAAUUCUUUCGUCUUCUUGACCUCUAUAUAUGCUGUGGUAGAAGGUAGCCAUUCAUUACUCCAAUAAAUUAUUGGUGGGAUACUUCAGCAGCUGGGCCUUGUCUUCUCACACUCGCCCCCAUUGUUAGCUUCGAGAUGAGGGGUAUCUAGCACGUGACUUCGCGUAAGGUGGUGUUCUGUUGAGGGAAAGAGAAUGGG